AACAGCUCGCCUAUUGUUAUGCACUCUAAUUGAACGUACCCGACCCCUCUAUAGACAGAUUUUUUAGUACACCCCUCGCCCCCCACCCACGCCCCCUAUACUCUGUCAUUCAGUCUCCACGGAAGAACACGCAAAAUCGUCACGCUCGAAAGCUACCCGAGAUCCCGGUUCACCUGCCAGCAGUGCGGCCGCGGGUACACGUUGCUGUGCAAUCUGAGGAGGCAUAUGAAAUGGGAGUGCGGCGGCAAACGUGUCGCCGAGGAGGCGGUGGCGGCCGGCCGAUGGACGGCGCGCCGCAAGCUCAGGCACGACGCGCCGCAUCGUCGCGAACCGCGUCACGAAGAUCAGUUGCUGAAGUGUCUGCAGUGCGGCCGCGGCUACAAGAUGAAGCACAGCCUGAUCAAGCACCUCAGGUACGAGUGCGGCGGCCGCAAGAACUUCGCCUGCGACCUCUGCGAGUCCAGGUACACGCAGAACGUGAAUCUCAGGCGACAUCUCAUGAAGAUCCACAAUGUUUAUCGGCCGCCUCUGGUCAACACCGGCCGCAAGAGCCUCUGAUCGAAGGCCAGCGACACCAUCGAAGAUCGUUGCGACCACGAAGAGGCACGCCACGAAGAUCCCGACGGAAGAUUCUGACCCGGAAGAUCGGCUUUAGAGCGUCUCUCUUUCUCUCUGUCUAUCUCUCUCUCUUUCGGUCUGUCUCGUCCACGAAGAUUCCUUCUCCCGCGUGCGCCGCCCAUCAAGAUCUCGGCGUGCUCGAAGAGAUCGGAACGCGUUUUAGACUUUAACCUUGACAAGAGACUUCUUUCGGAACGAAUUAGUUAGACGAACACUGUUUCAUUCUGUGCCCGGCGAAUCGUUAGACGAAACGUUGUAUAGCUCUUUUCUCUUUUCUGUCUUAGUUCCUCGGUUAAUUCCUGUUGUACAGAGAUUGUAUAGUUAUAUAUAUGUAUAUGUAUAGUCGGAGCGCCGACACACCGUUUCGAGGCGUCUCCUUUCCGCGGUUUAGACAUUUUUGCGUGCGUACACAAACACACACACACAAACACAAACACAGAGACACAGACACACGGACACAUAGACACCGGAGAUCAAGUACCGUUGUCGAAAAGCCUGCGCCCCCCCCCCUUUUGAAUCGCCGCUUCGAAACUAGUUAAAACCGUUUUGAAUCUUGGACCUGUGUCACCUAGCGCCUAGUGACAAAAAUAAAACGCAUAACACAAGAUAAA